CAAGGCUUUGACUUUCGUCUUAACGGCGGACGUCCUUGUCGUGCGUGCGUGUAUAUUAUUUUUUUCCAAACGCAAUGUACCGUUAAAACGUCCUGUGCACAAAAUAAUAAAAGAAAAAAUACUUUAUUUUAAAUAGAAAAAAUAAAAAAUUAAAUUUAUAUAAAACUUAAUUGGAAAAAAGCCUUUACUUACAAAUAAAAAGUUAAUGUUUUAAAAAUUAUUCAUAAUUAAAAUGUUUUAAGGAAAUUUUUACUAAAAUAGUUUUAAAUUAUAGUUUGAAAAAGUAAAAGAAAAACGUAAAAGCAACACCAAUAUCUCCAGCAACAGCAGCAAGCAAAGUCAGCACUGCUGAAACGCUGUUGAAAAAUUAAAAGUGCACUACUAAUCAGAAAUUCUCUAAUAAAUAAAGCUGCAGCUGUAAACAAAGAGAAUCUAAAUAAGAAAAAAAUUAUCAUCUUUAACUAACAGUCAAAAUAUAAAACUUAACCAAAAAUUUGUUCUAUAAUUCAACAAACUUUUCUACUUAUUCUAUGCACACACUUGUUUGGUUUCGAUUUUAUUUUUACCAUCACUAAUGCCAUUGAUUCCGAUAUUUAAUAAAAUACAUAUUACAGAGCUUUUCUAAACUAUCGUCUAAUUACUAAAACUAGAGCAAAUAAUAUUUCGUGGAAUUUGGUGUUUUAAUUUUUUCUGGGUAAUGACACAUAAUGGCUGGUAGCCUUCAAAGGCCACCCUUCAAAAUUAUUUCCAAAUAUAAAUGCAGCAUUACUAAAGAUAAAUCAAUAAUAAAAUACCAAAAACUAAGUUUACUACGUUCGAAAGGGAGUCACCAGCUAAAGAACAACAACUGCACAAACAGCAGCCACCAAAAAAACCCACAGAAAUUAUAUCAACUGCUAAAACAGCAGAAAUAUUGUCAAAGUUGGUCAUUGGGUAAGUUGCUCUUGUUGUUGCCCUCGUCGUUGUCAUCAUUCUCUAAUGACAGUUGUUGGACAGCAACUGAAAACAAAAAGUAUUAUAAAAAUUUAACAACAACAACAGCAAUAAUAAACUAUGUACAACAACAAGUACAGCAACAACAGCAGCAGCAGCAAAAUCAACAACAUCAAAACUUACAACAACAACAACAAUUGCAACUACAAUUAUUACAAAUUCUCAACAAAGUUUUUAAAUCAUCAAAGUUUCGUAAAAAUCUGCUAAAUCACAAAAAAUUGCCAUCAACGCAAUUUAAAGAAAAACUACUAUUCUAUAGGAAAAAAUCAAUUGCAUGAGAAAUUGUUUUAUUUUAAGACCAACACCAACUAUAGUUUCCAACAAUCUUACCCACCCAUUAACUAACAAACCAGAAGAACAUUUGUUAUGUUCUCCAUGGGAAACUGGGUCUGAGAAAUUUUUUGCUUGCAAAGUAGACGUUUGGUCUAUAUAACUAAAAUGUAAACAAGUACAACGAUCUAAGCUGUUUUUAGCAAAAAAAGGUUUAUUUACACCAGACAAAUAUAUAAGUGCUGUUGCAACAAAAAAACAAAAGAGUAAGAAAUUAACGAGAGAAAUCUGAGAAACUUUACAUUUUACUUUAAUUGGAAAGAUCAUUGGAAAAUAAUUGAUUACGAAAAGCAGAAAGGAAAAAAUGAAACAUUCAAAUAUUUUUAUACACAAAGACAUGAUGGAAUUUGGUUAAUAAGUAUGAAUUUUUGUUUGGCUACAAAAGAAUUAUAACAAUUAUUAUAACAAAAGUUAAAGUAGAUUUUAUAAAAACAAAACUCUCAACUAUUUUCUUCAAAAUACAAAAAAAAACUCUUAAACUCCCAACAUUAAAAGAAAAAAUCCCAACUUUACAAAACUUACAUAUUAAGAAACAAACCAAAGAUCACUAAAAUCUUUUUGGAAAAGAAAAACUAUCAAAUACAAACUUAAAACCAAACUAUUCCUAUAAAAACCACACACAACCGGAAAAACUUGUAUCAAUUUCCGAACAUAUUUCAUAUAGAAACUUGACAAAACGAGUGCCACAUUGGGUCACUCAGGGCGGCGAAGGCAACGGCGCUCAUUGAUAAACGUGCUGGGGCCAUGGAGCCGCCUGGCGGUGUACCGCCAGAUAGAGAUCGUCAAUUGGUUUUAAAACAGAUGGUAACAUUUCAUGAACGUCCCGAGGGUAGUUUAUGUAGCAAAGCCAUAACAACAACAGCACAACAACCCAAUCCAGCGUUUGCUUCGACAGCAACCACUUACUCGGCAACAACACAAGCGGCCACAGCAUUUAGUGGCAGUUCAAUUGGUCAUGCUCUAGUAAAACAUCAUGGGACAACAAAUCCUCUGCCAGGACAACAGCAACAAUCAAAUUCAUCGGGUUCAUCACCAUCACAACAUGGCAGUACAACAAGCAGCAGCAGUAGUAGUUCAACCACACUGCAGUCAGCAACAUCGACUGGUAGUGCGCAAAGUCAACAGCAAACGUUAGAGAAACUAUCGAGACCCAUGGCAUUUGAUAAGAUGGAAGCCCUGGUACGUGAAAUGCAAGAUCCGGAGCAUGGUGUGCCAGUAAGGCAACAGAAAAUGUUUCUUACUUCAAUACCUUAUGCUUUUAUGGGCUACGAUCUAAUUGAAUGGCUUAUGGAUCGUUUAUUAAUCGAAGAAUCAGAGGCCUUGAAUAUAGCCAAUCAAUUGUGUCUUCAUGGCUACUUUUUUCCCGUCAACGAUUCCAAAACUCUAACUGUCAAGGAUGAUUCUUCACUCUAUCGUUUUCAGACACCUUACUAUUGGCCCUGGCAGCACAAGGCCCCCGAUAAUGUAGAGUAUGCCAUUUAUUUGGUCAAACGUUCUUUGCGCAAUAAGCAACGUCAUGCUCUUGAGGAUUAUGAAGUCGAUGCUUUGGCUUCACUGCACAAGAAUCUUAAGGGUAAAUGGGAAAUUAUAUCCAUGCAGGCAGAAGAGCAAGUACGCUUGGCUAAAGAACGCAAGAAAGGCGACAAAAUAGUGGGUGAUUCCCAGGAACGAGCCUAUUGGCGGGUACACCGUCCACCACCGGGACAAUUUACACCACUAGAACCUUGUCCCGUACCCUCUAGAGAUCGGCAGGGUAGCAAACAGAAUAAAAAGAAGACCGUAGAUGAUGUGCAAAGAGAAGUGGACUACCUGAAGAAAUCUUUAAAUCGUACACGCAUGAAAAUGUCACAAGCCUGUGAAUCAUUGGUACUGUAUUCGGAAACCUUUUCGGAAUAUGAUUUCUUCUUGCAACCAGUAUUACCCUCAAAUCCUUGGGUUACCGAGGAUGUCACCUUCUGGCAACUGAACAAUACCUUUGUGGAUAUACCCACUGAGAAGAGAGUUAAACGUUGGGCCAUUUCCAUAGAAGAAUUGGUAUCAGAUCCCACGGGUCUGCAGGAAUUUACCACAUUUUUGGAGAAAGAAUACUCUCAUGAAAAUAUACGUUUCUGGAUAGCGGUCAAUCGCUUGAGAAGAUCGGCCCAUUCCCAAGUACCCAGAAAAGUGCAAGAGAUUUAUGAGGAAUUCCUCAAGCCUGGUGCGCCCUGUGAAAUCAAUAUAGAUGGCAAAACCAUGGAAAGUGUUUUAAAGGGUCUAAAGAAUCCCUCCCGUUUUACUUUUGAUGCUGCCUCCGAACAUAUUUACAUGCUGUUGCUAAAGAAAGAUUGUUACCCUCGCUUCAUACGUUCGGAUCAUUAUAAACGUUUGUUGGAGACGGGCAUACAACCGGCGCACAAGAAACGUUUCUUUAAUUUCGGUGGCGUUAGUGGUGCCAAAAAGAGAAUGACUGCCGCCUUGUCCAGCCAACCCAAUUUGGGUGGCAAUGAGAGUUCCAGCAAAAGUGCCAUGUCCUCGGGCAAUACCUUCAUAAUGACAAAUGCUCCACCACCGGGUAGUUUGGCUAGGCGACGCGGCAGUGAUCGUAGUCUCAGUGGUUCGGCUCAUGAGUUGGCGGUAAUCGGUGUCAAUAAGGACAACUCUUCCAAGGUGCCUCACUCGCAUUCGCAAAGUAAUCUCAGUGAGAUACCCUACAGAGAAACUCCCAAAUCGAAAGCGGCACGUUUAGAGACCACAGUAGAAACGGGAGGUAGUAGUGCUGUCUGUCCAUGGGAUAUACCAGAUGAUGUGCCACCAACAACACAGGCUCCCAAACCAGCAAAUCUAACAACACCAGUGAAAUUGUCCGUAUGUCCCUGGGAACAAGAGGCUGAACCAGUGCCAGCCAUUAAAACCAGUGCACAAAGAUUAACUAGUACUUCUUCGGAUAAUACUGAAGUAUCGGAACGUUUGCAACGUAAUUUGGUUAUGCGUCAUCAAAAUACCGUAGAUAGUGGUGAAGCUGGCAUGAAACGUUUAAUACCAAAUUUCACAGAACAACGAAGAGCCUCAGUGUCUUUUACACCGGGUCGAAUUUCAGAGUUUCCGGCAGGACGACCGUCCACUUCUACUAAAACUUCAACAACACCUUCUCCUACGGUGGGCCUAAAACAAGGCGCCUUUCCAGCUUUGUUUGCUCCCUUGCAAGGUGCCCAGUAUGCCACGGCAGCUGUGGCAGCCUUGGGCAAUGUUAUGACCACCACCAAUAUUGUUACAAAAGAUCCUCCUUCUUCCUCCGAUGCUGAAGUGGAAGAUGAAUUAAAUAAGUUAUCUCUGUCGGAACGUAAUAGCGAAUCUUCGGCUUCAGAAUUGCCAGUACUGCCGACACCAAAUCCAACACCAACACCACCUCCAACCACCAAAGUUACACCACCUGCAGUGGAAGAGCAAAUUCUUGUGACAGCCGAAACACAAACACAGCCCAUGAGCGAUAGUCCUCAUCAAAGUUCUCACAGUGAAUCCUCGGUGGCCAAUGAAGGUGAUGAGAAUAAUGCUGCCAAUGAAGGAGAUUUUGAGGCUGAGGUAGAUUCGGAAAUUCAAGAAGUACAAAUUGAAUUGAUUGAGUCUACGGGCGGCUAUGAAAAGUUGUGUGAGAGUCAAGAGGAAGUUGAGGUGUCACCUCCCACCAUACAAAUUGAAGGGGAGGAACAGGUGGAACCAUUGGAAAAAACUGCUAGUGAAGAGGCCAUGUUAACGGAGGAGUUAGAUACGAGUGGUAAGGAGGCUAUAUCCAAAAGUCCUUCUACGGAAGUGGCCAUUUCUGCUAAACCUAGCCCCGAAACCGAAGUGGAAAUCACACUCACUGAAAGGCCCAACUCGGCCAGCGAACCACAAGAAACUCCUGACAAGGAACAAAACGUUGAGGAGGAAGAGGGUGAUGAAGUUUCUACUUCACCCACAAAACCAGCCGAUGCCUAUAGUACCCAUGAAGAACUUUCACCCACCACCGAUGAAUAUCAAGAAGGUUUACAAUUUGGUGAUGAUGGUAAAGACGAUUACGAUAUUGCCGAUUCCGAGUCCAAUGUGGGCUAUAUACCACCUGCACCCACACCAGCACCUUCCAUGGCACCACUCGCUGAAAUGGACACCGAUACGGUAGACGAUGAGUGUAGUGAAGAGUUUAAGCCCAAGGAGAGUAGUCCUCAAACUGAAAAAUCUGCCAAAUUACCUGUAAGCAGUAUUCCAAAAUGCACCACCGAAGAAGUGAAAAAGAAACGCAAAAAGCGCCAUCUGGAGUCCAAGAAAUCAGCCUCAGCUGAGGAAAAAGAUAAAGCAACAACAUCAACUGCAGUUACCAGUGUAGUGGAGGCGACAACAGCAGCAGCCGGUGCAGGUAACGGAGGUGCAGCUGGCGCUGGUGGUGUUAAAGAAAGUAGUGCCAAAACUGAGACAGACAUAACAACCGUUUGCCCCUGGGAGGAUGAAAAUGUUACCACCAGUGAUGGUACUUUUACCAAAACCUAUGCCACCCUUGGGUAUUUAUGAAUAAAACCCAAUCUAUUUCGUAACGUGGUCAAUAAACUAUUAAAACGUAAAACUUACAAAAAAUGACACAAACAACUUAUUAUUAUUAUUAUUCUAUAUGCUAAAAACUAACUAAAUUUAAAACACACAAAAAUAAAAAAUAAAAACUCUUAGGUUUACUGUAAUAAUUACUUGAAAACAAAAACAAAUGUUAUGUACUAAAACAAUAUAUAGAGACAAAACUUUAAGAAAAAGGCUAUACUUAAAAAUAAACAAAAAAAUUUAGAACUUAGUAUGUGGCAAAAAUACUUAAAACCAAAAAAUAACUUGAAAAAAGGAGCAGAAAUGUUAAAGAUAAAAGAGAAAUGCUUGAAUAAAAUAAAAGGGAUUUUAAGGUUUUUAUUUAAGUUUUAGACAAAAAGUUUUUAAUAAAAUUCUACAUAGUAGUCCUACGAUGCAAGAACUUGUCGUUAAAGCGAAAUUAUUCAAUCUCCAGUUCAAACGCAAAGUUUAUUUUAUAAUGCCUAAAAGCAUGCUUCUAAAAUAUCAUAUAGAAGUUUAAUAGUUAAAAGUAUAGCGUUAAGAGUGUUAAUUUGCUUAUGGUGUUUUCUAUAGAAAUUACUUUUUAAUAUUAAUAAAAUAAUUUAAAAGAAUUUUCUUAAUUAUCUAAAUGACUAGAUCUCAAAUUUAAAUCGUUCUUAGGAAAACACAUUUCCAAAGUAUGCUUCUUAAAAUGGCAGCUCUAAUAGAGAAAACCCUCAAAUCUUUAGAUCUUUAAAUAAGAAAAUUUUAAUGAAUUUCUUUAAAUGGCAUAUUGAUUACAUCUUAAGUUCAUUUAUGUUAUUCUCAGAAAAAUACAUACAAAUGCCUAAAAGUAUGCCUUUUACUUAUUACAUAUUACAUAAACUGAAAAGAGCAUAAUAUUAGGUGAGACAUACAGUUCUAUAUGAGAAGACACUCAGUUCAUUUUCAUUAAAAAGAAACUAACUAAUUUGACAAAUUAUUAAAUUUCAACUACAAACCCACAAUUCUUAAGAAAAUGUGUUAUAAAUUCCUUAAAGUAUGCUUUAUAUUUAUCGAGAAAUGCGAAUAGAAACAACUAAGCAAAUCUUGAAUAUGAAUUUUCAAGCAAAAGUAAUUGUUAUUAUAAUCAUAAUUUGUUGCAGUUACACAUUCCAAAAUGUAUGAAAGUAAUAAAAUAAGAAAGAAUGAAAUAUUAAAAAAAUUCUCUCCAAAAAGAUUGCAUACUUUAAGGUAUGGAAAGCUAAGCUUAUUAGGAAGUUUUAAACAACAAUUUAUUUUUAAUAAAUAAACUGAUUUAUAUCCUAAUUAAGGUGAAAAUUAAAGAAAAAAUUUUGCAUUUUUUAUAAAAGUUAUAAUGUUCAUAAAAAGUUCCCUGAAACUAUGCUCUGCUUUUAAAUUUCUCAAGAGUUUUUGUGAAAAAGAGUAACAACUUCAUAUCAACCUUAAAAUCUCUUUUAACAGAACGUAAAAAAAUAUUUAAUAGAAAAAAAAAAACAAAAGUUAAAUGUGUGAUGUUGACAAAUUUAAGAUAAAAUAAAUUGAAAAAAAUAUGUUAAAUUAUAUAAAAUUAAAAAUACUAUUAGUUAAUAAGUUUUUGAAAUAGAGAAAUUAGUUUAAUAUAAACACAUAACUAAACAAAUAAUAAAAUUAUUUAAAUAAUAAUACUGAGUGAGCAAAAUUAUAAAAAAAAGAAUUACAAUACAAAAUAUAACAAGUUUAAGGGCUGAGUAAAAAACAUAUAUAUAUAGAGACCUUAAAAAAAGCGAAAUUACUAGAUUUCUCAAAGUUAAAAAGAAAAAUUGAUAUUUAAACAAAAUUAAAUUUUUAGAAAAAUUUUCAGUUAAAAACAAAAUUUUUGAACUUUUGUUUUCGUUUGAAUUUAUGUUCUGAAUAAUUAAAAUGUGUAAUUAACGGUAGAAAGCUGCUCUGAGGGAAGAGCUUUUAUAUUUUAAUCAGUUAUCGACAAGGAGUUAAUGGUUUCUCUCUCUGAUUUGUUUAGUUGUUUUUAUACAUGUGUAAGCUUAAGUAUGUGUGAAAGCAAUAGAGCUCAUGAGAGAUCAUUUUGGCGUUAGCAGUUCUAAAUCAGUCAUAGGCAGAGAGUGACAAAAGUCUCUCUUUUAAGUUUUAUAAGAUUUUUAUACGCAUGUGAGCUUACAAGUAUGAAAGCAAGAGAGCUUUUGAGAGAUUACUUGAUUAAAAUAAGUGAAUCAUAAGUAUAGUUUCUGCAAUAAUUUUCAAAACAUUUUAAAAUUUUCUAAAAAAUCUUUUGAAAGCGUUAUAGUUUUUUUUUUAAUUUUUUUUGCAAAAUUAAAGAACAAGGAAAAGUUAAUUAAUAAUUUAUAUUUAAUUUUUUUAAUUAAAAAAUAAACCAAAUAAAUUUAAACGGGUAAAGCAAAUUUGAAAAAAAGUAAAUUAAACAACAGCCAAAACACUUAAAAUCAUGUUAAAAGCCUACAAAAGUUCUAAUUGUUUUCUAAAUUGAUCAAAAAACUUCUCACUAACAUAACCAACACAAACAUAAUUUAUAAUUUUAAAAACUAUAUAAUAUCAUUCCUUAAAAACAGAUUUUUUUAAACAAAAAUUCUCUAGAAAUUAAAAACUCCAGGCAAAUAGGUUUGAAGAACCCAAAAGCAUUUACCAAAAUAUUUUUUUUAUUUUUUCUAAUUUAUUAAACAAACUAAAAUUUAAAAGUUAAAAUUUUAUAAUUUAAAAUAUUUAAAAAAUUUUACAUUAUUUCCCGUUAAAAAAAAGAAAACAUUGCUUAGUUUUAGGCGCUUUAGAAACCAUAACAAACAAUUUUUUAUUAUUUUUUUUCUUACAAAAAAGCACAAGUUUCAAAUAAAUAUUAAAAAAUUUCAAAUAAAUAUUAAAAAUAACACAAAAAAUUGUAAAAUGAAAAUUUCUCUUUAGCAAGAAAAAAAAGAAAAUCUCAUAAUUAACAACUUUAUGUCGUACAUGCUUUACAACAGAGCCCCAAAAGUAUGCUACGAUUUUUUUUACUAACUAACAAACUUGAAGUUUUCAUUUUACGAUAAGUAUUAUUAACAAAAAAUACUAAAAUAAAAUAAAAAUAAAACUUUAACAAAUAAAAUUUCAUGUAGAAUUAAGAAUAAAAAAAAACUUAUUAAAAAACAACAUACACAAAACAAAAUUAAGCAAAUG